CCCUCCACUUACUAGUUAUGGCAAUGCAAUUACGCUCUUUGCUCUUGUGUGUGCUGCUGCUUCUCCUUGGCUUUGCUUUGGCAGAUACCAAUGCUGCUGCCAGGAUCCAUCCACCCGUUGUUUGUGCAAAUCUCAGCAGGACCAAUUUCGAUACUCUUGUACCAGGCUUCGUAUUUGGGGCUGCUACAGCAGCUUACCAAGUAGAAGGUGCUGCAAACUUGGACGGUAGAGGACCAAGCAUAUGGGAUACCUUCACCCACAAACAUCCAAAAAAGAUCGCUGAUGGCAGCAAUGGAGAUGUUGCUAUUGAUCAAUAUCACCGCUAUAAGGAAGAUGUGGCAAUUAUGAAGGAUAUGGGGUUGGAAUCGUAUAGAUUCUCUAUCUCCUGGUCCAGAGUGUUACCAAAUGGAACACAAAGUGGUGGAAUUAACAAGAAAGGAAUCGAAUACUACAAUAAUCUCAUCAAUGAACUCCUACGCAAUGGUAUAGAGCCAUUAGUGACACUCUUCCACUGGGACGUUCCCCAAACCUUAGAAGACGAAUAUGGUGGUUUCUUAAGCGCUCGUAUUGUCAAUGACUUUGAAGAAUACGCAGAACUUUGUUUUAAGAAAUUUGGUGAUCGAGUAAAGCAUUGGACCACACUUAAUGAGCCAUAUACCUUUAGUAGCCAUGGUUAUGCAACGGGGGUCCACGCACCAGGACGAUGCUCUGCUUGGUAUGACCGAACAUGCCUUGGUGGAGAUUCGGCUACUGAGCCAUAUUUAGUGACACACAACCUACUCCUUGCUCAUGCAGCUGCUGUAAAAUUGUACAAGAAAAAAUAUCAGCCCAUGCAAUAUAGCAGGAAGAGGCAACCAAAAACCCUCCACUUACUAGUUAUGGCAAUGCAAUUACGCUCUUUGCUCUUGUGUGUGCUGCUGCUUCUCCUUGGCUUUGCUUUGGCAGAUACCAAUGCUGCUGCCAGGAUCCAUCCACCCGUUGUUUGUGCAAAUCUCAGCAGGACCAAUUUCGAUACUCUUGUACCAGGCUUCGUAUUUGGGGCUGCUACAGCAGCUUACCAAGUAGAAGGUGCUGCAAACUUGGACGGUAGAGGACCAAGCAUAUGGGAUACCUUCACCCACAAACAUCCAAAAAAGAUCGCUGAUGGCAGCAAUGGAGAUGUUGCUAUUGAUCAAUAUCACCGCUAUAAGGAAGAUGUGGCAAUUAUGAAGGAUAUGGGGUUGGAAUCGUAUAGAUUCUCUAUCUCCUGGUCCAGAGUGUUACCAAAUGGAACACAAAGUGGUGGAAUUAACAAGAAAGGAAUCGAAUACUACAAUAAUCUCAUCAAUGAACUCCUACGCAAUGGUAUAGAGCCAUUAGUGACACUCUUCCACUGGGACGUUCCCCAAACCUUAGAAGACGAAUAUGGUGGUUUCUUAAGCGCUCGUAUUGUCAAUGACUUUGAAGAAUACGCAGAACUUUGUUUUAAGAAAUUUGGUGAUCGAGUAAAGCAUUGGACCACACUUAAUGAGCCAUAUACCUUUAGUAGCCAUGGUUAUGCAACGGGGGUCCACGCACCAGGACGAUGCUCUGCUUGGUAUGACCGAACAUGCCUUGGUGGAGAUUCGGCUACUGAGCCAUAUUUAGUGACACACAACCUACUCCUUGCUCAUGCAGCUGCUGUAAAAUUGUACAAGAAAAAAUAUCAGGCAUAUCAAAAAGGUGUGAUAGGAAUAACAGUGGUAUCACCUUGGUUUGAGCCCGCUUCAGAGGCAAAGGAAGAUAUAGAUGCUGUAUUUCGAGCUUUGGAUUUUAUAUAUGGAUGGUUUAUGGACCCAUUGACAAGAGGUGACUAUCCGCAAAGCAUGCGAUCUCGUGUUGGAGAACGAUUACCAAAUUUCACAAAAAAAGAAUCCAAGUCACUGAGUGGGUCAUAUGAUUAUAUUGGAGUAAACUACUAUUCUGCUAGAUAUGCAAGCGCUUCUAAGAAUUAUUCUGGACAUCCAAGCUACUUAAGUGAUGUUAAUGUUAAUUUAAAAACUGAGCUUAAUGGAGUCCCCAUUGGUCCACGGGCUGCUUCAAGCUGGUUAUAUUUUUACCCGAAAGGACUUUAUGAUCUUCUACGCUACACAAAAGAAAAGUAUAAUGAUCCAAUUAUAUACAUUACUGAGAAUGGCGUGGAUGAAUUCAAUCAGCCCAAUCCCAAAUUAUCACUUCACCAACUCCUUGAUGAUAGCAAUAGAAUUUACUACUACUAUCACCACCUUUGUUACCUCCAAGCAGCAAUUAAAGAGGGUGUUAAAGUGAAGGGAUACUUUGCAUGGUCAUUGCUAGACAACUUUGAAUGGGACAAUGGAUAUACUGUUCGGUUUGGUAUCAACUAUGUUGAUUACGACAAUGGACUGAAAAGACACUCAAAACUCUCAACGCACUGGUUCAAAAGUUUCCUCAAGAAAUCUUCAAGGAAAACGAAAAAGAUCCAAAGAUGUGGGAACAACAAUGCUAGGGCUACUAAGUUUCUGUUUUAA